AUGGACUCCUUUCCCGUCAAGUUGCUCCUACCAGACCGGCCCGACUUCAUGGUCACUCCGGCCACCCAAUGCGUCUUUGAAGUCAUCAUCCCUCUGGGGAUUCCUCGGCUCAUCGAUACCUCACUCCCCGCUCCCCCAUACAUCGGCCUCGACGCUACGUAUAAUGGCAUGCAAAACCUUGUCCGGCCAACAAUGAGAGCCAUCAUGUCCGGGCUCCUGAGGGAGCUUUUGGGCAGUGACUAUCCAGUCUGCUCGCUCCUAGGGUCUGACCCGGAUGGGAACAUUUGCCAGUCCAACCGGGUUGGAGAGUGGUGGGACACCAAGGUCAUUCUAGACAAGGCCGAUCUCGACCUCAAGGCCGGAACCUGGAAGGACCAGUUCGGCGAAGAAGGGCAUGGGCCCAUCGACGCUCAAGAGGAAGGCAUCACCGCCAUUCGUAUAACACAGAACUUCACCUCCGGCGUUGUCCACUGGGAGCUGCCGGACGCGAUGCAUGGCCACUGGGAGCUGCCGGGCGAGCUGCACGGCCAGCAGGAGCUGCCGGGCGAGCUGCCGGACGAGCUGCCGGACGAGAUGUAUGGCCAGCAGGAGCUGCCGGACGAGAUGCAGAGCCACCAGGAGCUGCAUGCCGCGAUGAAUGUCCCUGUGGGCGGCUGGCAGAUCCACGGGCGCCAGCGCCUCCGGAGCCAGCCCCGCGGCUGCCACCGGAACCGCUUCCGCCGCCACCACCGUACUUGUCGAAGUCGAAAUAGUCGUUCAUCCAGUCAUUAG